UGUACUGACUGGACUCUGGAACGAUGCAUGCAUAUAUGCAGGUCAUCUGUACGUGAAGAGCGACGUGUACGGGUUCGGCGUGGUGAUGCUGGAGAUGCUGACGGGGCAGCGGGCGCUGGACCCCAACCGUCCCAACGGGCAGCUGAGCCUGGCGGACCGGGCGAAGCCGUACCUGGCGGACCGGCGGAAGCUGGCCCACAUCAUGGACGCGCGGUUCGAGGGCCAGUACAACUCCAAGCAGGCCUUCCAGGCGGCGCAGCUGACGCUCAACUGCCUGGCCGGCGAGCCCCGGAGCCGGCCGUCCAUGAAGGAGGUGGUGGAGACGCUGGAGCAGAUCGAGUCGACCAAGAGCCAGGCGCGGGAGCCCCGGGGCGGCGGCGGCUCCUCGCCGUCGCGGGACCGCGCUCACGGCGGCCGCGGCGGCAACGGCAGGUUGUCCCCGAGCGGCGUGUCCAGGGCCAACGGGCACGCCACCAAGGCGGCGGCGCGGUGAUCGUGAUCCCCCGGCGGCGACGAUGACACGGUUCUCUCUAUUCUUCCUGUAAAUGGCUUAAAAUUUUUGGCUGAUUGUGGUGGUCGGUUGGUGCUGUUGUUGUCAUGAGGUUGAAGAUCAUGAUGAGUGAGGUGUAGAAUUAGAAAGAAAGAGGAAUGUCUGUAAGUUGUAACCAAUAGAAAUAGAAGCAACAAUAAUUCUUCAAAAUUAUCGUUCUUGCAUCAUAUCAUAUCAAAUCCUUUGUUUCUCAUCCCAGUGCCCACUGUAGAUCACUGUGCGCUACUGUAUUUCUGUUCAUCC